AUGUCCAUCCUGACCGUUGCGGUGGGAAUCAACAAUGCUUAUGAACUCUGCGUUCCUGAAAGUCGCAAACUGGAGAAGAACAUUUUGCCACCAGGUGCCUUGCUAUGCUUCAGAUGGUGUGACAUUUUUUCGCGCAUUGGUGCUUGGGCAUUGCUGGGAAUGUGUCUUCGGCCGAUUGGUGCCAAACUUCAUGGGGUUCAGCAGCCGUAUUUGCCUCUGAUACUGGCAGUGGAACUGCUGUUGAUCACAGCAGUCUUCAAAUCCCGAAGUUUCGGGUUGAACCUGGCAUGGUCUCAGCUCUUCAAGAAAGAAUAUCUUGUCAGUGUCAUGGCUAGCCUCCUUGGCACCUACUGGUGCUGCAAUUUGGCAGAUUUAGCAGCCCAACAUAGGUUUUCCAGGUCUUUGCUUGCGCUCCGUCUUUUACAAACCUUGGGCACAUUGUGGUUGUGCGCUUGGUCUUUUUCCAUUGCAGUUGGAAGUGACUGCCUUGCGGUUGAAGAGCCUGCCGUGGUGAUCGUCGCUUUGCUGGUUCUUUUCACCUUUGCCUUGGGAUUUCUCACGGCACUGGCGCACGACGUCGCCAUGUCGUUGUUUGCUUUGCCCUUCUUCCCCGUCAUAGCGGGCAGGAGGGGUGGACGCUUGGAGCUGGCAGCGCGGUUCGGCGUGGCGUUGCAGAUUCCACACCUGCUGCGGUCUGUCGAGGACGACGAUGGCGUGGCGGCGCUGUGCCAAGCUGCUGAAGCUGGGCAGAGCUCGGUGAUCCACGCGUUGGUCGACGCCGGGGUUUCGCUUACUGCGGAGUGGCAAGGCAAAUCUGCGCUGCACUGGGCCGCGCGCGGAGGCCAACUCAGCACCAUCCAGGUGGUGCAAUUUCUUCACACGGCCGGAUGUGACUUGGACAAAGCCAACAGCGAUGGUUGGACUGCUGGAAUGCUUGCGGCCCAAAGCGGCCAUGUGGAGGUGGUGCAAUUUCUUCACAGGGCCGGAUGUGACUUGGACAAAGCCGACAACGAUGGUUGGACUGCUGGAAUUCUUGCGGCCCAAAACAGCCAUUUGGGGGUGGUGCAAUUUCUUCACACGGCCGGAUGUGACUUGGACAAAGCCAACAACGAUGGUGACACUGCAGGAAUAGGAAUAGGUGCGGCUUUCAACGGCCAUGUGGAGGUGGUGCAAUUUCUUCACAGGGCCGGAUGUGACCUGGACAAAGCCAACAACGAUGGUUGGACUGCUGGAAUUCUUGCGGCCCAACACGGCCAUGUGGAGGUGGUGCAAUUUCUUCACACGGCCGGAUGUGACUUGGACAAAGCCAACAACGAUGGUUGGACUGCUGGAAUUCUUGCGGCCCAAAGCGGCCAUGUGGAGGUGGUGCAAUUUCUUCACAGGGCCGGAUGUGACUUGGACAAAGCCAACAACGAUGGUGACACUGCAGGAAUAGGUGCGGCUUUCAACGGCCAUGUGGAGGUGGUGCAAUUUCUUCACAGGGCCGGAUGUGACCUGGACAAAGCCAACAACUUUGGUGACACUGCUGGAAUUUGGGCGGCCCGCAACGGCCAUUUGGAGGUCGUGCAAUUUCUUCACAGUUCGGGUUGCCACUGCGGGGUACGUUCUUUGCAUGCAGCCGCAGACGGCGAUCACUUGAUGGUCGUGGAAUUUCUCCUAGGUUUUGUGGACGUCAACGCUGCAGGCAUCGGCAAAGUUCGUGCUUUGGACAUUGCAAGGGCAAAGGACCCUAAUGGCCCCGUGACCGAAGCGUUGCUGCGUGCAGGCAAGUUUUACAAUGAAAUCCAGAUCUUGAGCGAGUUCGGCUGCCCUCAGCUGGGUUGGCUCAGUACAGAUUUCGAGGGUGGAGAUGAUGACGGUGAAGGCGUCGGCGAUGAUUCCAAUGGCUGGGCGUUUGAUGGGUCAGGGCGCUGCUGCUGGCACGGUGGGAGAAGGGAACGGCUGCAGAUCGCACCGUGGAAAGUCAACGACGUCCUCGGCUUUGCCAUCGACCUGGACGAGGGGCACAUGCAGCUGCGCACUGAGCAGCAAGAACUGACCAUGCCGUUCGAGGCCCACGGAGCUGUGUACCCUGCAGCAAGUAUCUGGGGUUUGUUUCGAAUGCAUCUGGCCAAAGACAGUUGGAAGCUCCAGCCACCUCGGGGGUACAAAGAGUGGGGCCGCGGGGAGUUUGCCUGGAGCGACUGAGAGCCCGUCCAAAGGAGACGUAUAUCGCCAACAUCAACAUUGGACCGAAUCCAAAAAGGUUGGUGCUGGGGUUGGUGCGCAUCGUGUUGACAGUGGACAUGAGUUUGCAAGCGUUUGCUUGUUGUUUCUAAACCUGUUCACGCAACUGGAAUGAUGGGAUGCGGGUGGUUGACGGAAGUGGCAGCUGGAUGUGAGAAAG